AUGAGCGAAGAAAGCCUAUUAUUAGCCUAUUGCGCUACCAACUUCAAAACUAUAAUAUUCUUACAGGGCCAUGACACCACAGCAACUGCUUUAACUUUUGGCUUGUUACUGUUAGCUGAUCAUGAACAAGUACAGGAUGCAAUAUACGAUGAAUGCAAGACUAUAUUUGGAGAUUCCAUGCGAACAGCGAAUCUAACAGAUCUGGCUGGGAUGAAGUAUCUUGACGCUGUGAUAAAGGAAGUGCUGCGGCUGUACCCCAGCGUGCCUUUCAUUGGAAGGACUAUUGAAGAAGAUUUUAUGUUAGAUGACUUGCGCGUUCCGAAGAGUACAGAAGUUUUAAUCCAUAUCUACGUUCUGCAUCGCCGCGGGUUCCCUGAGCUCGAGCAGUUUAGACCUGAGCGAUUUCUGAGCGGAGAGAAGAUGAACUACAAGUACAUACCGUUCAGUGCUGGUCCGAGAAACUGUAUAGUCAAGUUAUACUCUUUGAAACCUUAA